AUGGCCGCACCAAGUUCUCUUCCGGCGUUGCUGGAAUCACUCACUCAAUCGCUCGUCUCCGCCCUCGACACGGCGCCCAAGGUUGCCGGCAUUGAGCAGUCGGACAAUGGCAUCUCGCUACUCGACGUCAAGAACGAGCUUCUGCUUUCCUACCUGCAGAACCUCGUCUUCCUGAUCCUUCUCAAGCUUCGCAAUGCGAAAAACCCUGCCAAGAACGACGACGACGGUGCCGACAACGCCACGGAGCCGAUUGUCAGGAAGCUAGUUGAGCUGCGCCUCUUCCUCGAAAAGGGUGUGCGCCCCCUUGAGGAGAAACUUCGCUACCAGAUCGAUAAAAUCCUGCGCGCCGCCGACGACGCCGAGCGGGCGGCCAUCACGAGCAAGGCAUCAGCAAAGACGAAGAAGACGGACGACUCGGAUGAGUCUGGGUCUCAGAGCGAAGAGGAUGAGGACGACGAAGACGACGAGAGCGACGAGGAGGACAAGGCCGACAUUGACGCUGCGCAAUUCCAGGCUCGACCUGGCGCCUUUGUCAAGCCGGCAUCUGCCUCCACGGCCGUGGCUGCGGCGCAGAAGGACGGCAUCUACAGGCCGCCCCGCGUCGCGCCGACGGUGAUGCCAUCGGAGCGCAAGGAGAAGACGACCAAGAGGCCGCAAAAGUCAGCGACAAUGGACGAGUACAUCGAGACGGAACUGUCGACGGCACCGUUGGCCGAGCCCAGCAUCGGUACCAACGUUGUCGCGGGCGGUCGCAAGGUCAAGACGGCAGCAGACCGCAAGGUCGAGGACGAACGCCGGGAGUACGAGGAGUCCAACUUUGUCCGUCUGCCGACGCAAAGCAAGAAGCAAAAGGCCAAGGAGGCAGCGGCGGCAGGCCGCAGCGGUCGUAUGCAGUUUGGCGGUGAAGAGUGGCGGGAUCUCGGCGAUGGUGUUGACAGGAUCAACAGGCUCACGGCGAAGAAGGAGGGCGCCAAGGGUGCCAAGGCACUGCUCGACAAGAGCCGCAAGAGAACUCACGACACGACGGACGGGCCGCGAGGAAGCGGAGCGGGGCCCGAGAUGGGCGAGCGAUUCCAGAAGAGGCUCAAGGUGCUGGAGGCAGGGCGUCGCGACCGGGGCGGGCGCAGAUAGGCGGCAUUCUGGGCGAGAUGAAGUUGGCAACAGGGUGCAAGAGCUGGGGAAUAGACUUGAAUCGUCCUGCUCUCAAUGUGUCGGUUCAGUUUUCAGGGAGAGGGGGGCCAAAAGAAGCACUCACAAUGGAGACGUGUCAGGGCUGAUGGCAUUCCAACACGAUCCAAGACACUGCACGACGCGCUGACGUGCUCCACCACCCAUUGAAUUGUCGAGAGCUCCCCCAAACCUUAGGAUUUGUCGUAUUGUUCAAGAUGCAGCUAAUGCAGUGUCAACGUCAAUCGAACGACGGCUUGCCAGAGCAAGUCGAAUCAAAAUCCACGCAGCUUUC